GCAGUGUCCUGCCUGCCUCCACCUCCCUCCUCCUCCUCACCACCACACCACAGCCAGCACAAUGGCCUUUGAAAGCCUGUUCUCCAAACCCCCAAACCCAGUUCUUGACCCAAACAUGCCCGACUCUGACAGGCAACAUGCAGGGGACGAAAGAGAGGAUGGCGAGCUAGAAGACGGUGAAAUAGAUGAUGCGGCGUAUGAAGAUGUGAAAGAGCACGGUACAAAAGGUGAUGACAAACAGAAAAAUGAGAAAGGACAUAGAAAAUCACGGAAGAAACGCAAAAAAGAGAAAGAAAAGAAAAAGUCAAAAAGGAGAAGACGGGAUAAGCAUAAGCACAACUCCCCUUCCAGCGAUGACAGCUCAGACUACAGCCAUGACUCUGAUAUUGAGCGUACAGAAAGACCACAUAAAAAGAGCAGCAGCUCCUCGUACAGAGAUUAUGAUUCUUCAUUCAGUCAGCAUGGGCACGUAUCAGGAAAUUACAUGAGUUCCCAGAAAAUGCAGCAUAAAAAAAAUGUAAAAAGUAAGGAGUAUGAUGACUACAGCCAUUACAGCGAUGAAAACUUCGGUAAUUAUAACGAGGAAGAAAAAGACGAAGAUUUUGCUGACCAACUGAAACAGUACAGGCAAGCUAAAGAGACGUCCAGUGCCGAUUUAGGACCUCCAUUCCCGAAAGAACCAGUGAAAAAACAGGGGAUGAAGGGGAUCCAGAAAGGUAUUUCUCAACGGGGUAAUAAUUACAACAUCGGCCGAGGGCGUGGAAUGCAGAAGAAAUUGAAGCGUAAAGAUCGCGGAAGGGGGAGAGGGGGCAAUAAAGGAUCCGAUGGCUUUCAUGAGGAUGGCAAACCCAUGAAGAAGUGGGUUAAUAUGAGCCAGGAGUUCAUAAAUCAGCACACGGUGGAACACAAAGGCAAACAAAUUUGUAAAUACUUCCUCGAAGGGAGGUGUAUUAAGGGGGAGCAGUGUAAAUUUGAUCAUGAUGCAGAGAUUGAAAAGAAGAAGGAAAUCUGCAAGUUUUACAUACAGGGUUACUGCACCAAAGGAGAGAACUGCAUUUAUUUGCACAAUGAAUUCCCUUGCAAGUUCUACCACACAGGAGCAAAGUGCUAUCAAGGAGAUAAGUGCAAGUUUUCCCACGCUCCCCUGACUGCAGAAACGAAGGAGCUGCUUGACAAGGUUUUGAAUAAUGAGGAGGAGCCACAAAACGAAGAUGAGAAAGAGCUGGAGGAGCUCAGAAAGCGCGGCAUAGUUCCUCUCCCUAAGCCACCACCAGGUGUUGGGCUUCUGCCAACCCCGCCAGAGCAGUACCCCUUCUCGGAGUCUGACAUCGAAAAUUACCAAGAUCCUUCAGGGGAUUAUAAGAAAAUCCCGUCUCUCUUUGAAAUAGUCGUGAAGCCCACUGUGGAUUUAGCGCACAAAAUCGGAAAAAAGUCCCAAGGACACAAUGGGCCGCCGAUGCACCCCGGUUCGCCGGGCCAUCACCCGUGCGGAGGCCCUCAAGGCCCAGGGAUGCCGCAGAGUCCUCCCAUGCAGGGUGUCCCGCCAGGUUUUCUGGGCCCGCAGAACCAGGGCGGGAUGCCGAUGCAAGGACAGCAAGGUGGGCCACCCCUCACGCCGCCGGGUCUCGGCGGAUCUUACAACGCCCCGGGAGUUCAAGGACACAUGGUGAACAUGCCAAGAGAGAAUCAUUGUCCUCCGGGGCCGCAGUACCAGCAGAUGCCUGGCGAGAGGCAACCCAACAUGAAUUACGAGCCGAUUCAGAACCCAGCUGAUUUCUACGACAAUUAUUAUUCUCAUCAAGCUGUACAUAACUUCCAGACAGCUAAUAACUCUGGCGAUGGGACGUGGCAUGGCGAAUUUACGGAUCACCAGGCUCACCUCAUGGCUCAGGAAUCACACCAAGGCGGGACCGAGUCGGACUGCAUGGGCGGCCACAUGGGCCAUAAACCGGCCCUCAACGUCCCUGAUUUCCUUCCGGCCAUGCAGAAGGCCCUUUACGCAAGGCUUAGUCAAAAGCAUCAAAGAGAUGGAGACUCCAUGAGCAGCCAGGGUCAGAGGGCGAUGAGCAAAGACGAAGACGACAAUGUCAACUGGUAUUCCAGUAGUGAAGAGGAGGAGGGAAGCAGUGUUAAAUCGAUCCUGAAAACCUUAAAGAAACAAAGCGAAAACUUUCGGAACCGGCAGCAGCAUUCCGCGGAGCAGCACAUGCUCGGAAUUCCAACCGACCCGAGGCUGGCCAAAGAAAAAGGACCCCAGGCUGCCGACCCAAGGCUUCGAGCCUCACCCAGGUCCAACCCCAGGAAGCCUUUGGAGUCGUCCUCCGUGGACCCGCGGCUUACGCGGGACCCCAGGAUGCACAAGGUCAGCGAGGGCGCCCAUGCCAGCUCGUCCCUUGGGGGAGUCAAGCUGGAUUUACACCACAGUGUCAAAGUCAAGCAGAAAGGGAUGGACGAUGACGAAGAGGACUCAGAAAGGGAGCUGCGAGAGCGAGCUUUCCUGAUCCCCUUGGAGCCUUUGCCUGGCGUGACGUUACGGGAUCCCCGGUCUCAGCUCCGGCAGUUCAGCCACAUAAAAAUGGACGUCACCUUGAUGAAACCCAACUUUGCGAAACACAUCGUGUGGGCACCUGAAGACUUACUCCCCAUCCCUUUGCCUAAGCCCGACCCUGUCUCUUCCAUCAAUUUACCGCUUCCCCCUCUCAUUGCCGACCAGAGACUUAACAAAUUGCGCAAUUUGAAAAAUGACCCCCACCCAAAUGCGCUGCCGGCUGACCCACGGCUCGCCGCCAAGGCCAAAAACAGCUUGACGGGCAGGAGUGGCUAUUUGGACCCGUCGGCGGAUUCACACGCCAGCAGCUCGAGCAAACUGGGAGACCCUCGUUUGCAAAAAAAUGUUGAUCCCCGGCUCCACAGACUGUCGAGUGCCGAGACACAUCACGGAGUCGCAAAGGAUUCGCACCCGCCCAAGUUUGACCCCCGCCUCGCCCGAUCCUCUGCCAGCGCAUCGCAGCCCUCGGAAGCCACGACUCCUAAAGCUGACGCGGACGCUCUGCCUCCCUACGCGCCCAAAUUAUCCUCGAGCGGUGUCAGGCUGGGAAGCCCCAGCUCGAUCCUGAGCGGGAUUAGCUUGUACGAUCCAAGAGAUCAUGGCUCAUCAUCGUCGGAUGCGGCUCCGGCUGGUUCGGGCGAGAACGGCGAGAACCAGAAAAAAAGCAUUUUGAAAAACUCUGCUAAAAAUGAAGCCGGCCUCUCUGAAGAGACAUCACUGCAGAAAGCCGCCUUGACCACAGAAAAAACUAUGGAGGGAUCGUCGGAAGCUGCGUCGGAUAAAGCGAACGCCACCGGUAAAUCUCAGGCGAAACACUCCAGCGCUGCACCUGCGGUGCAUAAUCUUCCUAUCCAGGCUUUGUCAGGAUUAAUCAGGCCGCAGUACAGCGACCCGCGGCAGGGCAGGCAGCCUGGGCAGGUCGCUCAGCCGCAGGAGAGCGAUCCCAACGGGGAAUCGGAUGAUAAGUCCUUAAAAGAUGUUUUCAAGACUUUUGAUCCGACCGCUUCGCCGUUUUGUUAGCGAUUGAUUUGAAGUCCUUUUUACCGUUGUGAAUAUUGCAGUUCUCUGCUGUUUUGUAACUGGUUUACCUCUUUUGCUUUAUUUAUUUUUAAAUUAUAAUUAUCAACACUUUUCAGCUGCUAAUCUCCGAACCACACGCAGUUAUACAGUACGCUAUAGUGUUUGCGAAGCUGUGGUAUUUUCUAUAUAAUACUUUUCCAGUUUCAGGGAGACUAAUAAUUGACACGUAUAGAAGAAAACAACCAACGAGAAACAAACCCCACAUAUUAUGUUAGAGCUGAGAAAAGCACUUUCAUUGUAAAUAAGUCAUUAAGGAAGUCCAAGGAGCUGUAUAUGUGCGAGCUGUCUCUUUCAUAAACAACAUUUAGAUAUGUUUGCCACAUUUGUAUGAUUGUAUAGAUCCAAGCAAUAUUAUAAUAUGAUGUACAUUACUGUGAGAGACGCUGUUUGAUGACGCAUCAAGCCAAACCUCCGAACUGAUUGCAAAACCUGCGGGAACGAUUUCGAAGGAAAACGUCGACCCU